AUGGCUACUUCCCAAAUCGGUCAUGGCCAGAUUGGCAAGAUCAUUGAAGACAUGGAAGAACUCCUACCUUCGGAAACCAUCGAUAGGGCUGACUAUCGACGCUGUCGCACAACCUAUGGCCUUUUAUCCACGGCAUACAAGCGCGCGAACCAUUCCGACGAACCGGAGAAAGAUUACAAAGAGUUGCAGAAACUCGAGAAGACUUUGCGUGACCGUCUUUCCAACCUUGACCCUGCCAGAGGCCUUCCGCGCAAAUUCCAGGGUCCACUCGACAAUCUCAAAGCGGGCAUCGACGGUGCUCUCGAGAUGGGCGUAACGGUCGAAUUCCUCAUUGAAGGUCUCAAGGAUAUCUUGAACGAGAAACCAGAUGCUACACCUGCGCCAAAGGUAGAACCGACUAGGCUGGUGCCUGAAAAGCGCCUUCAAAGGUAUCUAGAGGAGCUUCGCGUCGAGAAGGACAAGAAUCGCAAACUCAACGAAGAGAACAAUCGCCUCAUACUGGAGCUCAAGCAAUACAAGAUGCGAGAGGAUGCGAGCUCCAGUUGGCCGCCUCUUAGUGAGCCGCCUCUCAAAAAACGUCGCGUUGACUAG